AUGUUCUUGCGAACACUCAUCUCCCGUCUCGAUCGAGCGACCACCAUGGCAGUGGCGCCAGCACGUCCUCACCUAGCUGCGUUGCUCGCACUGUGCGCAUUCGCCAUGGCGCGGCCGCCGGCCGCCGCCGACGCCGCCAACGUGCCGAUCACGACGUGCCGGUCCUUCUGCGGCAACAUCACGGUGGACUACCCGUUCGCGCUCCGGGCGGGGUGCGGCCACGCGGGGUUCCGCGACCUGCUCUACUGCAUCAACGGCGCGCUGAUGCUGCACCUCCCGUCGGGCUCCUACCGCGUCCUCGACAUCGACUACGCCUACCGCGGCCUCACCCUGCACGACCCGGCCAUGUCCGACUGCCGCGCGCUCGACCGCUCCCGCGGCGGCCGGGGCAACGGGUUCGUCGUCGAGCCGUGGCGCGCGCCGUACCUGGCGCCGGACCCGGACAACGUGUUCCUCCUCCUCGGCUGCCGCGCCAGCUCGCCGCUCUUCCAGGGCUUCCCCGACCGCCACCUGCCGUGCCGGAACGUGUCCGGGAUGGGCUGCGGCGAGUACUACGGCUGCCCCGCGUGGGAGGACUACGACGGGCGGCGGCCGUCCGGCGCGGCGUACGGCGCGUCCGUUCCGCCGGAGUGCUGCGCGGUGUCGUGGGACGCCAUCCGGGCGGUGAACGUGAGCCGGCUCGAGUGCGAGGGGUACAGCAGCGCGUACAGCCUGGCGCCGGUGAGAGCGGCCGGGCCGGCCGGAUGGGCGUACGGCAUCCGGGCGUCGUGGGCGCUGCCGGAGGCGAACCGCGGGUUCUGCGGCGCGUGCCGCGCCACGGGCGGGGUGUGCGGCCACGACGGGGACAGCCACGGCGACCUCUGCCUCUGCGGGGACUGGAACUCCACCUCCAACUGCGACUCCUCCGCCGACGCGGCACGGCCAAGCGCCGGCUCCGCGCCUCCGCGUGCCAUCGCCGCGCUUUGCUGGGCCGUUCUGGUCUCAGGAUUUUCAUUUCUGUAAUGGUGGACUGGUAUGCAUCAGUGGAAAAUCUGCAAGUGUGUUAAUUUUGAUCGAGGAGUGAUCUACUAGGGAUUAUAGCUGUUGUUUAUUAUAUAUGGUGCUCCUUGGGUUCGAUCUUCGAAAGUUCAAUUCUUGGAGGGAAAACCCCAUUUUUUUAAUGCUUUCCAGCGAUAUAUAGAAGGGACUAUCAUGCAUGUAAGUACGUAACUUCUAUCAAAAUGAAACAACUAGGUGCCCAAGAGAAAUGCUACCUAUAUGGAAGUGGAUUUU